AUGCUCCCAAAUGAGAUCCAACAAUACUGGCUCCCCGGCUACGGGCUCUCACGGUAUAUCGUCCUCAGCCAUAUACAAUACUUCCUUGGUCCGUCGGCUACGGCUCGUCCGUACUCUUAUCAAGGCCGAGACGGCUACCUCGUAACCGGCGUACCGUUGACAAGGUUACCCCCGGACACGGAAACAGGACCAAAUCGACGACCUAGCCACCAUGUCUCGCGAAUACGAACGCCAAGAAUCCCUCCGCAUGACCGGGGAUACUUCCAGCGGUGGCAGCAGCAGCAGCAGAAGAGGGGGCGGUGGUUCACCGAAUGCCCGGUUCGCUGGGGAUCGAGAGCCGUUUAUCAAUGA